AACCCUUUGCCCUUCUCCGUUAUAUUCACCAGAAUCAUUUCAACCCCAUAAGAAACUCCCUUCUCUCUUUUCUCUCUCUCUCUCAUGCGUUUCUACAAAAGCACAACCUUUUAACUGUUUUUCCUUAUUUUCUUCGCCAAUCUAAAAGCACCAACAGAGAAUGUCGUCGCCGGGGUUCACUGGCGGUGGAGGAGCAUCGGAGUUCUUUGGCGGAGCGGGUGGUUUCGCUGGCAGAUCCAUUCCGGCAGCGACCGCCAUGAACAACCCAAACGCAACCGCAUCUGUGGCCAACAACCUUCACCCUCUCUACCGAACCCAACAGCAACUCCCUGCAAUGUUUCUAGAUCCCUCCUCUCAGAUCACUCAGCGCCCUACACCAUCCGUCAUCGGCAAACGCACCCUCACCGAAUUCCAAACCUCCAGCAACACGACCAACAACAACCUUAACCUAAACCACAACCAGGUUCUUUCAAACCUUUUACUUCGUUCCGUUAAGCCAAGAACAACUUUUACGCAUACAUCUCCUAUGUCAGCCAUGGAUUAUUCCAUUCCUGAAAUCCAUACGCAGCGUUUUGGGGCUCCUUUACUACACCAGCUUCGCCCCCAGCCCAUUAAUCUCCCCAACAACGGGUCCAUACCCAUCAACGGCCCAAAUUUUUCUUACCGGAACUCAAAUUUGGGUUUACCUCAGAACCGGGUUCAGAUUCCGGUUCCCGCUCCUGUUCAGUCUUCUGAACCGGAAAAAAAGACCAUGGACCACCGGCUUCAGGAAUUGGCGAAACAACUUCUUGAAGAUAACGACGAUGAAGGAGAAGCUGAUGCUGCGUCUGUUAUAACCACCAGCGAGUGGUCUGAAACGUAUCAGAACCUCAUCAGUCCCGGUCCAACCGCUCCGGUUCAGAAACCUGUUUCUUCAUCGCCUACUUCCUCUACCACGUCGUCUACCUCUUCUUCUUCAUCUGUGGCUUCACCUGCUUCCGGUUGCUUCAAGCAAACCCUAAUGGAAGCCGCAUCUGCAAUUACUGAAGGGAAAAACGACUCUGCCACGGAGAUCCUGAACCGCUUAGCGCAGGGACCGAACCAGACUGGGAAUUCAGAUCAACGGUUAACCGAUUGCAUGGUUUCGGCUCUGAAAUCGCGCAUGAACCCGGUGGAAAAUCCACCACCUGUGGCCGAGCUUUUCAGCAGGGAACAUGCCGAGUCAACUCAGUUGCUGUUAGAGAACUCGGUGUGUUUCAAGGUAGGGUUCAUGGCUGCGAAUUUUGCGAUCCUCGAAGCUGCAUUUGAAGAGAAAACCGAGAACAGAUUCUGCGUGGUGGAUUUUGAUAUUGGACAGGGGAAGCAGUAUUUGCACCUUCUCAACGCGCUCUCGGCCCGUAGCCAGAACGGGAAGGUUUCAACGGUGAAGAUCGUGGCAGUGGCAGAAAACGGAGCCGAGGAGAGGGUGAGAGCUGUGGGAGAGAUGCUGAGUCGACAAGCAGAAAGGUUGAGGAUCGGGUUCGAGUUAAGAGUCGUGGUGACUCAAAAACUCGCCGAGUUGACUCGGGAAUCGCUGGGUUGCGAUGCGGACGAGGCGAUAAUGGUAAACUUCGCAUACAAGUUGAAUAAGAUCCCCGACGAGAGCGUGUCAACAGAGAACCCGCGCGAUGAGCUUUUAAGGCGCGUGAAGAGACUCGUGCCGCGCGUGGUGACAAUUGUGGAGCAAGAGAUGAACGCCAACACGGCGCCGUUUUUGGCUCGCGUGGCCGAGUCAUUGUCAUAUUACAGCUCAUUGUUUGACUCAAUUGAAGCCACGGUUGGGAGGGACAACCCAAACCGAGUCAAGGUGGAGGAGGGACUGAGUCGGAAGAUGUGCAACUCGGUGGCCUGCGAAGGGAGGGAUCGCGUGGAACGGUGUGAAGUGUUUGGAAAAUGGCGUGCGCGUAUGAGCAUGGCUGGGUUCCAGUUGAAACCACUGAGUCAAAACUUGGCCGAGUCAAUAAAAUCGCUACUUGCCUCGGGAAAUAACCGAGUCAACCCAGCACUCACUGUGAAAGAAGAGAACGGUGGGAUUUGCUUCGGUUGGAUGGGAAGAACCCUCACAGUGGCAUCUGCUUGGCGUUAACUUGGCUCACUUUUUUCAUUUUAUUUUUUAAUUUUCUUCUGAGUAUUAUCAUAUAUCACAUUGUUACUAUAUUUUAACGUUAUCUAGAGAUAAUGGAAAGGCAAAGAAAAUAGAUUUGGAAAUUAUUAUAUAAAUAUAUAUGAUAUGAUGAUAAAAGGGUGAAAAGAAAAUCUCAAGCGAAGUCCCAACCUCCCUCUUGGCUCUACCAAACUAAAACUAAUAAAGUGGUGUUUGGAUUCCGAGAAAAUUUAUGUUAUGAGAUGUUACAUUUAUUGAUUCUUCUAUGUACUAGUUGAUAUGCUUUUUAUCAUCUUCACUUGGGUGUGUGAAAGGAGUUGGUUGCUGUUUGGUAGAUAGAUGACUUGUAUGCGAUACAAUGGAUUGGUUUGCCCUCACAUAACCGACAAAUGAGGGCUCCACUUAUAGGCUGCAUUUUUGGGGUUUUAGUUGGACUUGGAACUUCCCUCUUAUCUAAUUCUGCUUCUAAAUUUGUAAGAAAUUCUAAAAUAAUCAUCUUAUUUGCUCAUACUAUUUUGUAAGUUAUUUUCAGUCAUGCAAUUCUUCCUUCUUCAUUUCUUUUAAGUUUCCCCAAGAGUUUUUGUAAGCCCCAAAAUGGAAAUGGAAAAUAAAAAAUGAAUUC